AUGCCUCCCCAAAAGUCUACUCCUCAAAAGGCUACCCCAAAGGCUAUUCCAAAAGCCACUCAAAAGGCUACCCAAAAGUCUACUGCUGAAAAGUCUACUCCUCAAAAGGCCACCUCUCAAAAGGCUACCCAAAAGUCUACUGCUCAAAAGUCUACUCAGAAGUCUUCUGGCGAAGGCACUGAGUCGCCUCCAGAUGACAAGGGCAACUGGUACAACCUCUGGGAAGCACUGGCUGGGAGCGCGAAAGGAAACACGAAUACUGUUCGAGGCAGUGGUAACAAUACCAUACUAAUUGGAACCGACAACAAGAAUGAGCUCGACGGCAACAAGAACCUUGUUGCAGAGCACGGUGCAAGAAAUGAGAACAAAUCCAAGGGCCAUUGGAACAAAAUUGGGCUGAAGGGUGAAGAUAUCAGCCACGCUCCUGAAGAAAGCAUCAACAAACGCGUCAUCCACCUGACGAACUUGUCCAAGCCUAAGAAAGGCUCGACGACUGGAGACCAACAAAGAGGCAACAAAGGGAAUGACAUCGUGGCAGAUCGGCUUCAACGGAUCCGUCACAUGUGCAACGGCUAUUUGUCUGAAGGGUAUAAUUGGGAUGAAGUUCCGUAA